AGUGCGAAGCUCUAGCGCGCCCCCUGCAGGUCUCGGCGGCAAACGUCGCGACCGUAGCCACGUCGCACAGGCUAACAUGUUUAUGGUGCGUACGACAAAAUUGAAAAAACACGCUCAAAAGUAGGUGUUGUUAAAAUAGCAAAAAUUACGCCUCAUCGUAUCACUCCUGUACGUCGCCCGGCUGCAAAGUACAACGUAGCCACGGAAGUCGACGGCUAAGCAAGGACGUCCACAUAAAUGCUAGCCAUAUUUGCAGAAUUGAAACGACCGCACGCGCACACAGCUCUGAAUCUACCCGCAAAGGAAAACCCCACACAGGAUCCACGUGCGAGCGACGACACCGGCUGACAUGCGGCCGGGCGCAACGAGAGAGGCCGUGCAGCUAGUUUGUGGCGCCCAGCAGCGUCUAAGAGGCCAUCGUCUUGUUUGUCUUCCCUCCUCCCACCAGACGAAAAGCUCACAAGCCGGCUGAUCAUAUGAUGCUCCUUUUACGCACCCGCAGGGUGAUCUGUGAGGGGCAUUUCUCUACUGCCUAAGAAGAAGUGAACUGGGGGGGGGCAGAGGAAGAGACGCCGAUGGAGGAGGACUAUCUGGGAUCUCCUCACUUGGAUUUGACCGAUCCGGGCUCUUGGCGGACUCACGAUCAUCAGCACUUAAACGGAGAGGCGGAGGGCGAGAAGGAGACAAUAUGGGUGAGGCGACCGGCGGGCUGCAGCACGGUCGCCGCUGCGCUCUCCUUUGCCACAGCGCAGUGGGACAUUCCUGACGCAGCCGCAGAAGGGCCGUCCUUUACAACCAACCGCGACCGCGUGGUUGACAUUUCAUCAGUGCGCGAACCUUUCCAUGGUGAAGUGGGGCACAGAGAGGAACAAGAUGGCUUUGACUCAUCAGUGAACUCGACGGGAAAUGACUUUAAGCCAUGUGACGCUGCCGAGGGACAAGGGCUGACGACACAACAAAGGGAACAUUCAACGCAUCAGCUCUUAGACGCAAUCGCGUUCGAGUCAGACUCAGAGGAAGAGGACCACGUCAAGUCCAAUGCGGUUAAUGCCAGCGUGGAUUUACGCCCAGAAGAACCACGGGGGGAGAAGCUCGUGCCGGUGACGGGACGCGGCUUGUCGGCGGGAGCCCAAACUUCAUUUCAAAAUCCAAACAUGGCGGACGGGAGGAAGGCACUUGCACAAAAACAAACUGACCGUAAUGGACCAACAUUAAUGGUACUUGCUGCAGCAACCCCAAGUCAAAAGGUUGCAGCAGCUGAUGAUGCAGAAAGAGAACCCCAAAAGUUCUCCCAGGACAAUGGGCUGCCCUCGAAACACGGUGAAGACUCGGUCCAGUCGGGACAGCCUCAACGUUCAGAAGGAUCACACGUUUCAAUCCGGCACGCGGACUCUGCUGUCGAAGAGCGGAAGGUCGAAACCGAGCCAUCGCGCCAGAACCAAACGUCCCAGCGCAGCACUUCCUUGGUACUCGAAGUUUCCAAUCGGGCUCGAACGUCAAACAAAGUUCAUGAAGUUGCAAACACCCUCAACGGAUCUGGACCGGUACUCGUGGCAAACGGAGAGGCGAGCAGAGACGCAGAGUCGGCGGCGACUCACAUGAACGGAGGCGAUAUGGACCGGGAGAAGGUGUGUCGACUCGCUGAGCGGCUCUUCAUGUUGGAUGGGAUCCAGCGAGUGGAUGUGGUCAAGCACCUCGACAAAGACAACGCCUUCAGCCGUGCUGUUGGGGAGGAGUACCUCAGGUUCUUUGACUUCACCGGCCAGACUCUGGAUCAAGCCCUGAGGUCUUUUCUCAAAGUGGUCAUCCUGCUGGGAGAGACGCAGGAGCGCGAGCGGGUGCUGCAGCAUUUCGCCGGCCGCUUCCAUCAGUGCAACCCGGAUUUUUUCUCCUCACCAGGGGCCGUGCUGGCCAUCACGUGCGCGCUGAUGCUCCUCAACACGGACCUGCACGGACAGAACGUAGGGAAAGCCAUGUCCUCGUCCAAGUUUGUGUCCAACCUGGACGGCAUGAACGACGGAGACAAUUUUAGCAAAGAUCUGCUGAAAUGUCUUUACAACGCCAUUAAGAGUGAGCCACUGCAAUGGGCUGUUGCCGAGGAGGAGCUGACCUCGGCGCUGAUGGAAGAGGUGGACGCGCCGCUGCGCUCCAAGAGCAACCCCUUCCAGGACGUCCCCCACGACAAGGCGGCCCCCGUGGUCAAGCAGGGCUUCAUCCAGAGGAAGCUCUACGCCGACAUCGACGGGAAGCGCACUCCUUGGGGGAAAAGGCGCUGGAAAACCUUCUUUGGUGUGCUGAAGGGAAUGGUCUUUUACCUACAAAAGGAUAACAGCAGGAGGGAGCAGCAGACCAACGAGGAGGUGGUGAGCGUCCACCACUCGCUGGCCGAGCCGGCGGCCGACUACACCAAGAAGCCGCACGUCUUCCGUUUGCAGACCGCCGACUGGAGAGUUUUCCUGUUCCAAGCGUCAUCCAAAAUGGAGAUGACCUCGUGGAUCAGCCGCAUUAACUUGGUGUCGGCUCUCCAUUCGUCUCCUCCGUUCCCCGCCGCCGUCGGCUCCCAGCGGAGGUUCUGUCGACCCAUCCUGCCCGCCUCGCAGUCCGCUCACACUCUGGAGCGCCAGCUACAGUCUCACGCCGGAAUGCUGGAGUCCUUCAAGAUGGACCUAUCGCACCUUCAGCAGAACCCACCAGAGGGCAAAAAGGCCCGAGGGAAGGAGAUGGAGGAGCACCGCACCAGGGCUGAGUACCUGCAGCACGAGAUAUGUCGCUACGAGAGCUACACGCGAGUCCUGGAGGCCUGGAAAAGCGUGGAGAAGACCGGCGACGGCACUCUGAUCGCCGCCGUCCUCGGCUUGUUCGACAAAGCCAUGUGCGCGUCGCCGGUGGCCGAGGACGGAGAGGAAGACGCGGACGAAGGCCGCCUGACAAAGUCCCACUCCAGCCCCUCCCUGGACUUGGAUAUGGGGCCGCAGUCCACUCUCAAAAUCAAACGCAACGUCUCCGAAAGAUGGACUUACCGGAGAACCGCGCCUCGCUUGAAUAAGGACGCGUGACAGAAAGACGGAAAGCCUCGUGACGAUUGUUUGUUCCCGGUACAAACUGAAACCCGACCACUCGUAUCCAUUUUUUUUUUUUUUUUUUUUUUUUAAAUCUUGUGCACUUUGACAAAAAUUUACCUCAGGGAUUCCCAAACUCAAAGAACCGUAUUCGUUUGUUCAGCGACCAAAAAAUGCAUGGACCUGAUUGAUCGACUUAAAACGCUGUGUGGAAAUAAUUCAAAUGGGCCUAACUGGUUUGUGACCACUUGGUGGUGCUGUAGUUAAGGCAGACGUUCGGAAGGUGGUUAUGAAUGCACUUUUUGUUCAUAAUGUGUUCUCUAUUUUUUUUCUGUGUAAUAGUCAUAGUGUCAUUUUUGUCAUAGCUUUGUUCAUAUGAAGAGUUCAUCUGUAAUGUUAUCAAUGUGUCCAGUGCUGGAGAUUUUGUUCUUUUUUUAAAUACAUUGAACUAUUCAUUUUGCUAUCAGACAUAAUUUUUGUAAUUUUUUUGUGUAAAAAUAUCUGCCAAAAAAGACUCACUGAAAGUGUCAAAAAAAUGCAAUGAAGGACUGAUUUUCUUUUUCCCUACCAAUGAUUUUUUCACCAAUUAAAAUGUUUAUGUUAUACCUUCAAAA